CACGACAUAAAAUUUAGAAUAUACAUAAUUUAUUCCAGUAUUACUUUCCCAUACUUUUUUAAAUUAAUUUGAAACAAUCGACAUUUCAAAACGUGACAUGGCGUUCCAUUAAAUGUGAAAUCUAUUUUACGUCUUGUUUAUGGUUCCGACAAAGUAUUAAACAGUAAUGUAUGCUAGCUGUUCUUAUUUUUCUCUAUAAAUUUUCAAUUAUUUACUAUUAUUCAAUAUGUUAGAAAAAACAUCUAACGCAGAUAACAAUCAGUUAUCGAAAGAAGAUUAUUUAAUUAUGCGUGCGAAAGAUGCAUUGCCGAUUGACAUUUAUGCGGCUAAAUCUUGGUUGAUUACUGCCAGAUCGCUGUUUCCUCAUAGUGCUAAAGUUCAGUUCGAGGCCUAUCGGAUCGAAAAACUUUCAAAAAAUAUGAAAGAAGCAGCAAAAUGUUUUAGUGAAAUAUUUCAGAAUUUUCCAGACGAUCGUGAUAUAUGGAAAGAAAUAGAGACGGUAACAGCUUGUCUUCGUUUGGAACAAUGUGAUGCUGAAGCAGAAUUUUUAUGUCAAAUGUUUCAACACAUACCACAAGAACUUCAGCACAGAUUGCUUAUUAUGACUGCUGAUCAUAGCGAAGAUACAAUGGAACAUUGUAAAUUAUUACUUCUUUUAUUGCGUAAAUUCCCUCAAACUAUUGCCACCCAUGGACCACGCUUAGUAGAAACUCUUCUUACUGCAGAGAAACAUAGUCACCCAGGACGUACAGUAAAUGGAUACAGAAAAUUAUUGGCCUGUGAUGCAUUACCCCUCCUUGGUACUGCACAGGUAGAAUUGAACCCAAGGCUUAGCUUGAGAUUACUUUGUAAAGCAGUAGAAUUUUAUUUGGCAUACAUACAACAACCACAAGAUAAUCAAAUUCAAAAUCCCUGGGAUAGAUUGUUUCAAGUUGUUGAAUUAAUAGGAAAAAAAUUGGGAUGGGAAUUAAGUAAUUUAUUUUCUAUGGCUUGGAACAGAGAAGCAUAUUGUGAAAGAUUGCAUCAGUAUGCCAUUGUACAUUCUGCUAACUUAUGUGACGAAUUGACAGUUAGACAAUUAUUGAUGUGUAGUAUUGCAGUAUUAUUGAGGAUAUUAAAUGAACAUAAUGCAUUGAUUAAUAAUGACGAAAUUAUGUACUGUUUGGUAGAAGCAUUUGGAGAAUGUAUACACACACCUACAGAAAAAUUGAAAAAACGGAAAAGAGAAGAUAAUGGAGGAAUUGUACUAACCAGUGAUGGUGAUUAUAAUGGUAAUGGAUUGGCAUUAGCCGUGAAGUUAUGGGACUUGUUACAUAGUAAUGAUUAUUUACAAAGAGAAAUUGGAAAAAUAAAUCAACAACUUCGAUUAGAUUCAUGGCUAAAUUCAUUUCUAACAGAUUUGGCUAUGUAUAAAGGUUUACAUCAUGAAGUGUUAACAAGAUUAUCUCAAGAAGCUGUUAGUUUACCUGUUCAUCUUCGCUUAGCAAGUACAUGUUUUUCCUUGAAAGAUUAUAAGGGAAUGUUAGAAUAUAUAGUUUUAGCAGUUACCGCAUUACCUUCGGCUUGCGGUAAAGUAUCUCAUAAUUUAACUGUUCCAUGUGGAAGACAUUUACAUUAUUUAACACUGGCACGUUUUCCUGUUAUACAAUAUUGUUGCAGAUUACUUUUUUUGGCGAUAAAGGAAAAUUUUUCUUUACCCGGUGGGGUUGGAGACUUAGCUAUAGGACAUGCAUUAGUUCUAAUGCAAAUUGAUUGGCCGCAAGAAGCUAGUACUUUAUCCAUAAUUACAGAAAGGAUUAUUAAUCGUGGAUCUUUUUCUUACCCAUUAUUUCAAGCUUAUAUUAUAUGUGUAGAUAUUUUAGAAGAAUUAACAUAUCUAUGGACGGAACAUGGAGGUGGUAUAUCUUUAGAUAUAGCGACCGGAUCAGGGAUUCUACAAAAUCGACGUAUUACCACUCGUGGAGCAGAUAAAGGAGUGCGCGAAGAAGUAAAACAAGCAAUGCGCCGACAGGCAGCUCGAGACGGCAUCGAUUCAUUAGAUGAAUUGUUACAAAAGUUUAUUAUCAAUGAAAAAGCAGCCAUACUACAUAGUUUAAUUAUUCAAUAAAUCAGUUUAACAUUA